UUGAGUUGAAAGCAUCUCCAAGUUAUUGAACAUUUUUUGUAGUUUUUCGAAAACCACUUUAGUAAAAUGGCAGACAAGGUAGAAUCCCCAGCUGUACCUGCAGUGGCAACUCCGAAGAAAGCAGCCAAGGCGCAGAAGCCCCGCGCCAAGGCCAGUCACCCGCCAGCGUCGGAGAUGGUGAACGCGGCCAUCGCCACUUUGAAGGAGAGAGGCGGCUCUUCGCUCCAAGCCAUCAAGAAGUACAUCGCCGCCACCUACAAAGUCGAUGUCGAGAAGCAGGCUCCCUUCAUCAGAAAGUACCUGAAGGCUGCAGUCGCCAGCAAGGCUCUGAUCCAGACCAAGGGCAAGGGCGCUGCAGGGUCCUUCAAGUUGAACGUCGCCAAGGCCGAGGGCAAGGCCAAAGCCAAGCCCAAGACCAAGACUGCCGCCAAACCCAAAGCUGCUGCAGCACCAAAGGCCAAGAAAGCAGCUUCUCCGAAGAAGGCCGUGGCAGCCAAGACCAAGAAAGCCGUCGCCGAGAAGAAGAAAACCCCGAAGGUUGCGGCCAAGCCACCGAAGGCCAAGUCCACCACCGCCAAACCCAAGGUGACCAAGGCUGCUCCCAAGAAGGCGGCCAAAGCUUCGCCCAAGAAGGCUGCAGCGCCCAAGGCGAAGAAGCCCGCGGCAAAGAGGGUUGCCAAGAAGUAAAGUGAAAUAAAAUUGA